AUGUCUUGGUAUGACGAAGAUUUUAUUGGUGAUCUCUCUAAGCCUGUUCUUGUUGUUGGAGCAGGAGGUAUUGGUUGUGAACUAUUAAAAAGUCUUUCUCUUGCAGGCUUUAGUAAUAUUGAAGUUUUUGAUCUCGAUACAAUUGACGUUAGCAAUCUUAAUCGUCAAUUUCUCUUCCACAAGGAACAUGUCGGAAAACCAAAAGCUGAAGUUGCGACAAAAGCAAUCUUAAAAAAAUUUCCAUCAAUCUCUAUCAAGUACUAUUAUGACAGCAUAAUGAGUGAAAAGUAUGGUUUUCAAUUUUUUAAAAGAUUUGCCGUAAUAUUUAAUGCCUUGGAUAAUUUUGCUGCAAGAAAUUUUGUUAAUAGGAUGUGUUUAGCUGCUGAAAUACCUCUUAUUGAUGCAGGAACAUCUGGAUAUAUUGGUAGUUGUCGACCUAUCAUCCCAUUUAAAACAGAAUGUUUUGAGUGUAUGGGACAAAAUAAUGGAAAAGAAAGAACAUAUCCCGGUUGUACAAUACGUAAUACACCAUCUGAACCGAUUCAUUGUAUUGUUUGGGCAAAAUAUUUGUUUAAUCAACUAUUUUCUGAAUAUAAUGAACAUGAAGAUGUUACACCAAAUCAAAAGGUUACAACUGAUGUUGUAGAAAAUGAAGAAGAGAAAGGCGUUGGUAAGGAUGUAGCUAACGAUGAACAACCGAUUGAAAAUCUCAGGAUGUUUGCCGAACGAAUCUCAUUUUGUCCAUCUCAACUAUUCAAUAAGAUUUUUUACGAAGGACCAAAAAAAUUGUUAGAACAUUCUCAUCUUUGGGAAAAGCGUCCAGCUCCAAAACCAAUUUUAUGGGAAACACUAUCUUAUAAUUUUAAAGAUUCCCAACUUAAUACUGAGUUUAGUCAAGAGAACAUCGACCAACAUAAAAUUUUAACUAUGGAAGAAAAUCUUCUUGUUUUUGAAGACUGUCUUAAAAAAUUAAGAAAAAUGGCACUUGAGAAAGAAAAAAAAGGUCAAUACCUUUACUGGGAUAAAGAUGAACAAAACUCAAUGAAUUUUGUUUCUGCUUGUGGGAAUAUUCGUGCAUAUAUAUUUGGUAUAUCACAAACCAAACCAUUUGAAGUCAAAUCAAUGGCUGGAAAAAUAAUAACAGCUAUUGCUUCUACAAAUGCUAUCAUUGCUGCAUGUGCUAUGAACGAAGGAGUAAAAUUGUUAAGAGGAAUGAAUAACAACCUUCGUGUCUCCUAUCUUGUGGAAGAACCAUACCACAAAGGAGAUCUUAUUACAUCUUGUGAACCUUUUGGACCUUCUGAAGAAUGUAUAGCUUGUUCAAAAGUUAAAAGAUGUCAUUACAAAGUCAAUCUCAAUAAAAUGACAGUAAUUAAUUUGAGAGAUGAAAUUCUUAAAAAAGAUAUGUCUUUAACUUCUCCAAGCGUAUGCUGUAACAAAACAGGAAAAAUUAUUAUUUGCGAUGAAAAUUCAAUAAACGAGGAUACUAUGAAGAAGUGUUUAAAAGAUGUUGGUAUAACUUCUGGAAGCUUUCUUGAUAUUGACGAUUUCUUCCAACAAUUUAAUUUGGUAUUAUGCCUUCAUCACUCAGAUGAUUUUGGUGAUACGGAUUUUGAAGACAUAACUACUUCAUAUGGAGAAGAUUCUAAAGUGUUACUUGGAAAAAGAACAGCAGUAGAUAAUAUUGAUGAAGUUGAGAAAGAUGCUAAAAGACUUCGUGUUAAUUAA